AUGGACUUAAUAAAGAUAUACAAGAGGAAUGAAAUAAUAAAAGAUUAUGUGAAUAUAUAUUUCGAUGAUGAGAAAUCAGAGAACAGUAACAAGAAUCUUAGUUACAAAAUAUUGCAUAUCAUUGGACAUGGUGUUUAUGGUGUUGUAUAUAAGGCGGAUUGUUUAAAUAAUUGUAGUAUCGUAGCUUUAAAACAAACAUAUCAAAAAAGUACAAGAAUAUUUAAAGAAAUAGAAAUUAUGAAGAAAUUAAAACAUCCUAAUAUUGUAAAAUUAAAACAUGCUUUUUAUACAAGUACAAGUGAUGGGGGUGUAUAUGUUCAUAUGGUUAUGGAAUAUGGAAAUACCGAUUUGGCUAGCUCGCUUUAUUAUAUUACAUUAAAAGAUAGUAAAGAAUUUUUAAAAGAUUCAUUUGAUUUAGAUAAUUAUAAUUAUGAAGAUUAUGAUGAUAAUAAAAGUGAUAAGGAUAUGCUUCCUAACGAUCAGCAGAAAAGUGAUUUUUAUUAUUAUGAGUCUGUUCCUAAUCGAAAUGAAGAAAUGACGGCAAAAGAAAAAAGUGGGAUUAAUUCAGGAAAUAAUAAUAUGAUUGUUAAAGGCAUGGUCCAUAGUAAUAAUAAUAAUAAUAAUAGAGAUAAUAAUAGUAGUAGUAAUAGUAGUAGUAGUAUACGUAAUGAUGUUCAGGUUAAUAAUACCCCAAGCGAUGAAGAUAUGGAAAGUUGUAAUUAUAUAAAAAAUAACAGACGUAUAAAUAUUAUAAACCAUUUUAAAAAGAGCUUUUUUAAUGAAAAUAUAAACAAUAUAUGUUCUUGUCAUAACAUAAGUGAUUUCAUAAAAAAAAGCUUCCUUAACGAAAAUCAAAUUAAGAUUUAUUUGUAUCAACUAAUAAGAGCUACUUUAUAUCUUCAUAGUCUUUGUAUAACUCAUAGAGACAUAAAACCACAAAAUAUACUUAUUUUUUUAAAUAAAACAAAUAAAAUGAAAAGUAAUAAAACUUAUAUAAAUAAUAAAAAGUGUCUUAUAUGUAUACAGAAUAAUUUUAAUAUUCAAUAUAUAAUGAAAAAAAAAUAUAAUAAUCAAUUCAACAUGUUUGAAUUUAAUAAUGACAUGAAGGACACACGUGAUGAAAUGUAUAAUCUUCAUAAGACAUCAGAUGUUUGUGAGAUCUCAUGUGAUGAUAAAAUAUUAAAUAGUAAUGAUAUAUCCAGUUGCUAUAAAAUAAAUAAUUAUAAUAAUAUUUUAUAUAAUAGUUAUAACAAAUCGAUGAAUGAACAAAAUUAUUGUGAAGAAGUUAGGAAUCAUGACCAUGUGAAUGAUCCAUGUUAUAACAUGUCUAAUAUAAAAAACAAUUUACAUGAUAAGAAUAAGAAAGAAAAUCAUACUAUAGAUGAUGAUAUACAAGGUAAUCAUAAUUUUUCAUUAAAAAAUCAAAAACAAGAUAAUUUACAGGUUUGUAAAAAUUAUGAUAAAAAAAAAGAUUUAGCUGUACAAGAAAUGCAAUUAUCUGAUAUGAAUAAAUAUGAAGGAAGUAUAACUCCUUCCAAUGAUUAUAAUAAAUAUUAUAAAGAUUGUCUUAAUAAUAAUAAUAAUAAUAAUAAUUUAAUGAGUAAUCAUGAUGAUUGUUCAGGUAAAAAUAAUUUACAUUUAAAAAGAUUAGUAAGUAUGACCAAUUUAAAUCAACGAAAUUAUUAUAUGAUAAUAAAUGAUAAUACGGAUAAGAUAUGUGAUAAAUCUAUAACAUACGAUGAUGAUAUAACAAAGAAAAAAAAUAAAGCAAAUAUAGAUAAAUUAAAUAUAGAUAAAUUAAAUAUAGAUAAAUUAAAUAUAGAUAAAUUAAAUAUAGAUAAAUCAAAUAUAGAUAAAUCAAAUAUAGAUAAAUUAAAUCUAGAUAUAUCAAAAAAUGUUAUUAUUUCAGAAAAUAAGGAUACUCAAAUAGCUCCAACAAAUAAUAGUAAUAAUAAUAAUAAUAAUAAUAAUUGUGGAGAUGAUGAUAAUUUUAAUCAUGAUGAUCUACCAGAUCAACAAAGUUUAGAUAAGCUAUAUAUAAAUAGCAUAAUGUAUAAAUAUAUAAAAUUAUGUGAUUUUAAUACCUCCAUCAAAUUAAAGGAAAAUUAUAAAUAUUUCAGUUAUGUGUGUUCUAGAUAUUAUAGGGCACCAGAAUUAUUGUUCGGUUCAAAUUAUUAUAGUCAGGCCAUAGAUACAUGGUCAAUAGGAUGCGUUAUGGGAGAGCUACUUUUAGGAAAGCCUUUGUUUUUAGGUGAGUGCGCAUCAGACCAACUAGUCGAAAUAAUAAAAAUUUUAGGAACACCAAACGAUGAAGAUUUUUUAUCAUUUCGAAGUGUUUAUAAGAAUAUAAAAUUUCCAGAUAUUAAACCAAUAACAUUAGAAAAGGUUAUACGUCAUAAUUGUUCAAAGGAAAGCUUGGAUUUAUUAUCAGAAUUAUUACAAUUUAAUCCACAAAAAAGAAUAAAAUUAUGUCAUGCACUUUUACAUAAUUAUUUUGAUGAUAUAAGAAAUUUAAAAGUAUUUCAAAAAGAUAUCAAUACAUAUGAUAAAUAUAAAUUACCAUAUAAUACAAACUGUUUUAAUUUUACAAAAGAAGAAUUAUUACAUUUUACUAUAGAAGAGAGGAAAAUAUUAAUACCACAACAUGUAAGACAAAAUAAAUCAGAUGAAGUGAUGCAAUAUAUAGAUAUGACACCUGAUCAUUUUGAUAAACUGUAUCCAAAUAAGAUACACUUAACAUGCUAA